UAUGAGAAAUGCCUACCUCUGUGCCCUAUUUCUUGUCUUCAUUUUUCUGACGGGGUUGGUUUGUUUUCCAAGAAAUUCGUUCAGCUGAGUAAGGGAAUUGUGGCAGUUAUAUUUUGCAUGCGGCGGUCAUGUUGUGUUAAAAAUAAUGUAAAAUGGGUUAAACUACGGAAACUUGUUUAAACGAUUUAUUUCUUUUAGAUAGAGUAUUAAUUUUUAGUUUUUCGAUGGGAAUCUCACCUACAUUGCUGUAUUCAUGUUUCGGCAGACUUUGAGCUUAGCUAACAGUAUAUGGCGUCUUCACUCUUUGGCGCAGUUUGAUAUAGCAAUUUCAACGAAGCGACCGGAUGGCAAUGACGUUUUCUUUUGGUUUCCCCUUUGGUUCAGUAGCGUCAUAUGACUAUGCUAGUCCAAACAAAGAAUUCCAUUGGCUGGCAUCUGUCCUCGCCGGUAUCAUCUCCUGUGUUAUUGUCUAUAGAUUAACGGCUCUUGUGAGCUCUCUGUUGUUUGAGGGAUAUCGCAAGUUGAGCAGUGCACAAAAAACUGAAUGGAACAACAGGGGGUUCUCAACAGUCCAUGCUGUAUUUGUAUCAUUUGCAUCUAUCUACCUCCUGAUGGUGUCAGAUAUCUUCAAUAAGGAUUUGGAUGACGAGCCAGUUAUUAGUAGAUCGUCUACUUUGUCAAAUACUGUAUUUGGGAUUUCUAUAGGUUAUUUUCUAUCAGAUCUUGCAAUGAUUCUUUGGCAUUUUCCGGCUUUAGGAGGGCUGGAAUAUGUUCUACACCAUGGACUGUCCAUGUUUUCCAUCAUCCUCUCUCUACUAAGUGGUCAAGCACAGCUCUACAUACUAAUGGUUCUUUUUACUGAAAGCACUACUCCUUGCGUAAAUCUAAGAUGGUACUUGGAUAAUGCUGGUCUUAAGAACUCAAAACUCUACAUUGGGAAUGGCAUUGCAUUGUUCCUUGGGUGGUUGUUAGCGAGGAUUAUUCUGUUCAUCUUCUUUUUUAUCCACAUGUGGAUCCAUUUCGAUGAGGUCAAGACGGUCUUUCCUCUCGGCUUUUACAGCUUGCUUGUGGUGCCUCCUAUGUUGGCAAUAAUGAAUAUAUUCUGGUUCUGGAAGAUUGCCAAGGGAUUGGUUAAAACUCUUUCCAAAGCAAAACACAAGAAGUGAAGCCGUCCAUGCAUAUUACUCCAGGACUUGUACAUCCCUAUUAGUUAUUGCUGUAUUACUAUUUAGAUGGCCAUUUAUUGAUUGACAUUCGCAAUCUACAUUAUUUGCUCAAAUGUGAUGAUAAACUGCACAUGGGUUGUCCAUAUUAAAUUGAAAAUUACUUUUGAUUGACCAAGUAA